AACGUCGGCGUUUGACGCUCAGGAAGUGGACUCAACCACCAAAGAUUCCCGCAGAUUCGAUAUCGAUUGUCCCAAUGUUUCAAACGUGUUCACCCUGACCCUAAACAUGUGUUAAAAUACUUUUUAUGGGAUAUCCGAGACGAUAAUGCUGGAUGGUCGCACUGAUGAAAUUCACCAGGGACAUAUGCAGGCUGUUGGGACUUGGCAGCGGCCCUCCUGUCCAGCAGCAGGAGGAGCAGAUGGACUGUGGCGCUGCAACCCCUGAUCCAAGUGAUGCCACUUUGUCACAGGAUGCAUUAAAUGGAGAAGAGGAUCUGAGUGAGGAGGAGAAGGUCAGGCGGAGGGCAGAGCGACGCAAAGCCAAGAGGAAGCGCCGUCGAAAACGUAAGAAGCAGGAGCAGGUCAAGCAAAAUGAGAAUGCUGAACGGGAUGAUGAAGACGAGGACGGCGGUGCCGAGUCUGAACUGGAUGAGAGUGAGUCAGAGGCAGAAGUUGGUGCUGAGGAGGAGAAACAAGGAGUACAAAAGGAGGAGAAAAAAGAGGCAAAGUCAGCUGCCUCACAGGUCUCCACUCCAGUCAUGACUUCUUCGGGAAUCAAAGGACAACAGAAGAGCCACACCAGAUCUGCUGAGGAGGAGCCAGAGUGGGACGUGAGCAGUGCCUUCUUUGCUAAUGCUGCUAGCCAUAUCAAACCCAAAGGAUCGGGUCGCAAGUCCAAAGAAAACAAGGAGAACGAGGCCAGGAGAGAGACAAAUGGAACUGACACCAUGACCAAGAAAAGUGCGUCACUGACAGAAAAAGGCAUAAAGCUGGUGCAAGAGGGGCAGUACGCACAAGCUGUCAGCAUGUUUACAGAAGCCAUCAGAUGUGAUCCAAAGGAUUAUAGGUUCUUUGGGAAUCGUUCGUAUUGCUAUUACUGUUUGGAGCAGUACCCUCAGGCCCUGGCCGAUGCUGAACGCUCCAUUCAGAUGGCCCCAGACUGGCCCAAAGGACACUUCCGCAAGGGCAGUGCUCUCAUGGGCAUGAAGCGGUACAGUGAGGCGGAGAAGGCCAUGGAGCAGGUGCUGAAACUCGACAAAGACUGUGAGGAGGCCGUCAAUGACCUUUUUAAUUGCAAAGUGCUGCAGUUAAUGGAGCUUGGUGUUGAAGAAGUGCAAAGUGUCCUACUGCUGGAGAAAUUUACAACUGUACAGGCUGUUCUGGCAUCUUGUUCUGAUGCUGCCAGGGCUGGCAGCCAAGACUCAUCCGUUGUGCAGCCAGGAAGCCCUUGCCCAUCUCUGUGGGUGGGAAAUGUGACCACUGAGCUAACUGAGAAACACCUAUGGGACCUUUUUAAAAUGUAUGGUGAGAUCGAGAGUAUCCGUGUUCUGCAUGAGAGAUUCUGUGCCUUUGUCAACUUCAAGAAUGCAAACAUGGCAGCCCGUGCCAUGGAGAAACUAAAUGGUUAUUGUAUUGAGAACACACGUUUAGUGGUGCGCUAUCCUGACCGUCGCACUCAGAGGGUCCUUCCCAUUCCACUUAAGACCUGUCUCCCUGUCACGCAGCAGGCAGGCGCAGCUGCUGGACCUCGACGACGUGGCCCAGUGAACGGAGACGAGUGUUACUUCUGGAGAACCACCGGCUGCCAUUUUGGGGACAAAUGUCGCUACAAACACAUUCCUGAUCAGAAAGGCAAGGACAGGAAGCCCUGGCAGCCUUGAACUCAGUUUACUCUCUGCCUCAGUAGUGUGCGGGAAACCGUGAUGCACAGACUGAGCCACAGGAGCUGGUACUUACUGGACCAGGUUCUCUGGGCUUAAAAUAUUCACUGUAGCAGAAUGGACCAGUAUAGUCAAAGGAUCAGAGCCAGCGCUCAAAGGCUCGAAGGCAGGGAUGGUCACACAUGUGUCACAAAGGACUGGGAGUGUGACGGUUGUUAUUUCAACUAAAGACUGUACUCAAUGAUAUUGCUCGAUGGUACAAUGUUAACCAGACAGGAGCAACAGAAUGACCUGGUGUAGCCUUUGUUUCUAAUGAAAACCUUCACAUUCGCAGCCCGUCGUGGCACAUGGUGACCUAUUCCAGCUCUAAGGGAUACAGUACAACCUAACCUCACAGGCAUACAACAUAAGGAGGAAGUGAAACUGCUUUGGCCCACAAUGGAAAAAAGUAAUGGCUCUGUCAUGCCCAGCAGUAAUGAAAGGACUCUGGAUUUUUCAGGCCAAGGUUCUUCGGUGAUGAACCUGGGGACCUUCCUUCUUUAGAAACAUCACAAAUCAAAUGUUCCUCCCUAUUUUUAAAGUACAAGUACUCAGCAAACACUUUAAAGAAAUGCUUCACUCCCAAAAUGACCGUUGGUGUAUCAGCUGCUCAUGGCAUGUUACCUUGAACUCGAGAAGAAGACUUUGCUUUACUCGCAUGCGUCCACAGUAUUUGAAGACCACAUGGGGACCGCGUCUAACGAAACACAACACAUCUGUCAUCUCUGUAUCAAAACAUCUGUUUAUGAACUCUUACAUAACUAGUGCAGCAUAAUCCAAUUCUCAUUUAUCCAGUUGUCUGCUCAGUACUUACCAAACAGAGGGCACUUUCCGAUGGGGAACUGAGCUCAAAGUGAAACUCUAUCUAUGCUCUCAUCAAAGCCAGACUCCACUGACAAAAACAGUGAUUUUGAGCAUAUACACAAAUGAGCAUACGACUGGAUAAAUGAGACUUGGAUUAUACUGCAUAAGUCUUGUGACAGCAUGUGAACUGAUAUUUUGAUACAGUUUGCUGUUGUUAAACGUGGUCCCUGAUGAUUUUCCAUUCAUCGUGGAAGGAUGGAGGAAAAGUUAUCUUAAUAUUCAAGGUAACACACAGUGAGUAAUCGCUAUACAAAUGGUCAUUUUGCGGGUGAAGUAUUCUCUUAACUUGCAGUUUGUGAACCUGAUUUUUUUUAAUCCAUAGCCCACAGCUGUUGACAUCAGUCUGCGGUUUAGUCUGGGGCUCCGUUUCCCUCUCUUUGUUCCUUUUCCAGUAUCAGCGCAUUGUCCACGAAACCAAAGACUUGCCAACAGAUACACUUGACAUUUCAGUACCUCCCCUAUGCAGAAGAGGUUUCUUUUAGCCAAUAAGCUACAGAGACCCAGAGAGGUGCCUUUAUACUGUGCUAUGUAACCUUAGUUACGAUCAUCAUCAAUGGGUAAAUACAAAUAAGAACCCCCAAAUUUGGCUCGAGGGAUUUCAGAUUGUAUCUGUUAAUGCCUGGAUUAGGUGUAUUUCACGCUAUCUGAUGGCUGCCCUGUUGUUAAAAGAGUAAAUACACACAUUGCAUUCAGUUGUCAUGACAAGUUAUGGUAGGGCGUGGAAGAAUUAAUAGAAACACCUGACAGUUUUAUGCAAUCCAGAAGAAUAAAUACCUUUAUGAAGGCUGUAGUGUUCAUUUUUUAGUGAUACUGUAUCAGAGAGGUAUUAUUUCAACUCAACUGUAGGCCAUAGUUUUUGGUUUUGUUUAAUUGGAUUGCAUGAAAUGUCAGGUGUGAAGUUUUUCAUUCUCCAGACUUGCUUUUUUGGGGACUACAGGAGAGCUAGUUGAGCCUCUGGUCUGUGCCCAGUGCAAAUGAAUAACCCUUAGACGUUUUUAUCUCAGCAUUAGAUACACCUUUGCAUAGUACACAUCACAGUGCUUUAUGUCUAUGCAAAAGAAAAGUGCCGACUUGAUUGUUAGCUCUGUGUCCAACACACACGCACACGCACACACACCCAGCACUUCUGGCAGAAGUAGCAUAGGUCGUUAAUGUGUGUGCCAUGGUGAUGUCAUUGAUAAACACUUAGAUUGUACAGGACAGUGCCUUACAAAACAUCAUGUUCAGUCAUGUGCACACAUUCAUGGCCACAUGUGAAACAUAAUCCACUCACAGAGAUUUUAAAUCUUUAAAAGCAGUGUUUUUGACCUUAGGGCGUCCAUUUCAGUAUUUCAGCGAACCAAAGACUGCUUCAUCUGACGGCUCUGCACUGAACACAGCCUUGUUCUUUCAUGACUUUCAACACUAGACAGCAUUUAAAACCCAUUAGCAUGUUUCUGUAUUAUCCACUAGAUAACAAUUACAGCUACCACACCUGGUUUAAGUCCACACUACAUUCACUAGUAAACUACGCACAGCAUUGUGAGAGUAUUUAUUUUCCUAUUUAUACUGAUUUUUUUCUAUUUCUCUUUUUUACAACAGAACUUGAGAGCUGAUUACAGCUUCCCAUUUACUGGUCUUGUAGUAUUUCUCUAAGUUCCCUCUUCUGUUUCUUUCUGGCUUUAAGAGGCAAGCAUUAUAAAGAACCUUUGGGUGCAAACACGGUCACAUGCUGCACUUCUGCUUUUCUCGUAUUUACUUUCUGUCUUGUGGCUAAAACUUGUGAAAAAGGAAUUGGACACCAAACCGUAAGAUGACUGCACAUGUUGAUUAAACAAACUUGGUCGUUUCUUCUGUGACUGGUGCUGUUAAUUAUGGUUGCACAGUGCAUUUAGUUUUGCAGACUAAUAAAAUGCUUUGGAUGAUACCAUGGCAUACUUUGAUGUCAUCUUGUGGAUAUUUCAAACUUGGACAAAAGAUUUCCCUGGUUUUAAUUUUUGCUAUUUGGUAUGUUUUUAGUAUUUUUUUUUAAUUUUUUUUUUUUUACUUUGUUUCAAACUAUUUCAGGAAAAUGCAUUUUUAAUUAUGAUGUACACUUUGAUAACCAGAGCACUGCAAUCCUGUUAAUCUUCCAAAUAUUUUGUAUUAUCGUUACUGCACUGCAAAAAAGAGUCUUUUAUAUUUAAUAAAUGUAUUUGAACCACCUA